AUGUGCCUGCCUCUAUGCCUGUACGUGUGCCUUCCUCAAGGAGCAUGUGGCAAAAUGUGCGUGUCUCAGUGCCUUGGCGAAUGUGCAUGUGAAGAAGGCGUGGUUGUGGCUGAUCUACUAUGGUAUGAUGAAGGGGGUGGGGGUAGGGCGAACGAGGGGGUGUGGUGUGGUGUGGUGUGGUGUGGUAGGGGAGGAGCAGAUUGUUGCCAUUACUCGGGACAGCCCGCGUCUGGUCGGAAGAGAGAAAAACACAGUAUUGGACAGAUGACGAGACACGCGCUGAAGCAAUUUAGUGAGCUGAGUCCUCCAUUUCGCCCCACCGUCUGUCCGACUCCUCUCCACUCGCCUCCGCCCCAGACGGCGGCCGAUCGCCUUCCCUCCCGUCCCUCUCCGGCCGUUCCGCGGCUUUACCCAGCCUCAUUCGGGCAUCUGCAUACGUCGGCUGUCAGGCCGGCCACAACAGGUCGCGGGCUACGCCGGCCAGGCCGCGACAAGCAGAGAUUAGGCAACCGGUUGGACCUACCUGAGUUGACUUACAAGCCCCAAGGGUCGAAUGAAUCUGUACCAGCUGGCCCACCACAGGUGCCCCACCACUUUGCGUACUAUUUAAUCAACAUUUUCCCGCCCCAUUCGCCGGGCCUCGCGAGCACAGGCUCUUCAGGGGCGGCGUCGCAAGCCACUGCCCCAGUCACUGUGCCACCGCGACCCGCCUCACUCGAGCACACUCUAGGGCCGACAUAG